UCAGCUUACUCAAGACUGAUAAGAUUAAAGUCUGAUCACAAUAUUUUGGCCUAAGGUGCAUGAUGGGAACGAGGGUUUUCAAAACAGCCAAUCUCCAUGGCUAUUCUCUGCAAUUUUCGCCUUUCCACGCCGACCGGUUGGUUUGUGCAGCCUCCCAGCAUUUUGGAUUGUCUGGCCAAGGUGCGAUUUUCAACGUUGCAGUCACGUCUACAGGGCAAAUUGAGCUGCUGAACAAGCUGGUGUGGGACGACGCCUUGUACGAUGUCGCCUGGAGCGAAAACGACCCUAACAUCUUGGUAUCUGCAAGUGGAGACGGAUCUGUGCAACUGUGGAACGCCGGACAGAGUAUUCCUCUGAUGGUGUAUAAAGAGCACAGCAAAGAAGUCUACGGGGUCGACUGGAACAAAACGAGACUAGAGCAGCAAUUCAUUACAGCCUCCUGGGACUGCACUAUCAAAUUGUGGGACCCAACUCGGCCUCAAUCUUUGGCUACGUUUGCUGGCCACUCAGGAAUCGUCUACAGUGCAGUUUGGUCCCCACUCAUUCCAAGAAGUUUCGCGUCAGUCUCUGGAGAUGGAGGUCUGUUCAUAUGGAAUGCAGCGGUGCCACAGAGUCCGACAAUGAAGAUCGGCGCCCACCAAGCUGAAGUCCUGAGCUGCGAUUGGUGCAAAUACCAAGAGCAGAUUCUCGUCACUGCUGCGUCUGAUGGUUUGGUUCGAGGAUGGGAUUUGAGGAAAUUUAACGCACCCAUAUUUGAGCAAAUAGGGUGCCAGAUGGCAGUUAGAAGAGUUCAGUUUUCGCCCCACCAAACGUCAGUUUUGGCAGCGGUUUCUUACGAUUUCAGCACAAGAAUAUGGGAUUUUAAAAAUUGCGCGGAGCCAAUCGAAACAAUCAAUCAGCACACCGAGUUUGUCUAUGGAUUAGACUUCAACCUACACGUCCCAGGCCAAAUCGCCGACUGUGGAUGGGAUUCGUUAAUGUGCGUUUACACGCCAGAAACACUCUCAAAACAGAUAGUUCUUGAUCGGCCCCAAAAGCUUUUCCUCCAGAAAUGAGUUUUAUGUGAUAAUCUUUUUACUUAAGCUUGAUAGAGCAAUUUUAAAAGUGAUAUUUUAUUAUAAAUCGUUGAAAUAUCCAGCGGAGAGACAAGCUGGCUGGUGUUUGUAUCCACCAGCAUUUUCCAAAACUGCUCCUGGUGCGCAAAUCCAGGGGUCUCCAGUUGUAUUUUGCCAUUGCCACAGUUGGGUUUUUAAGUCUUCAAAUAUUUUCUAGAAUUAAAUAUCAUUUGAAAUAACUCGAA